AUGUCGUUCGACUUCGAGGAGAUAACUUCGCUGCGCAACGAGCUACAGAACGUCAGGGAAGUGAUGCGCUUAACCAAGUGCAACAUCCACGCGCUGAACGGCACGUUCGCCACGUUCGAUCAUCCGCCGCCCAUCUACUUGACCGAGUACCGCGAGCUCACCGUCAAGCUGCACGAGCUAGAGGCCAAAGAGCAGGAGCUACUCGACCAGGUCGACCAUCCCAGGGAACACCGAAAAACCCGGGGUGACAAGCCGUCCACGCCGUUCGUUCGCACUAUCCGUGCUUAUUUACCGAACAAACAGCGUACCACUAUUGAGGUGAAGCACGGUGAAACGCUACACAUGGCCCUGGAGAAGCGUUUGCAACACAGGAAGAUCCCGUUAAACGCCUGUGUUGUCUACCGGAACGGCACUGACCAUCAGAUACCGUGGGAUACUCAAACGUCCACUAUUGAAUACGAAGAGAUACAAGUGAAAAUGUGUUGGCUACCCAUCCAAGCAUCAUUUACACAUGAUUUUUCAAAGCGUACAUCAUUUACAACUUGUGAUCAUUGUCGUCAACUACUUUUCCAGGGUUAUCACUGUCGUUCGUGCGGAUUCAAAUUUCAUGAACGGUGUUCCAUGGGAGUGCCCGUACUGUGUAUUCCAACUAGAGAUUUGAAUAGUGGCAAUGGUGGAAAUCAUACUAUUUACCAAAACUCUGCCGGUAUACUACAACUAACAUCUGACUAUCAAUCUUCGAGACGUCGAGUGCUUGGUCACGGCGAAAGAUCAAGUUCAGAACCUAAUGUAUGCCGUAAUAUGGUUAACAUGAAUUGGGACGAUUUGGCUGAACUGAAGCGAAGAUCACAAGCACCAUCUGGUGUACCUCAUGGUUUCUUGCCUCAUAGCCAGAGUGCCCAAGCUUCUCCUACCAAUGUAUUGAGGCCUAGACCUCGAGCCAAAAGUGCUGAUGAAAGUGCAACCAAAAAGUUGCUUCGUGACACAGGUCCUCAAGAAUCGUUGGAAGAUUGGGAAAUACCAGAAACGGAUAUCCAAAUGGGUGAUUGUAUUGGAUCAGGGUCAUUUGGUACUGUUUAUAAGGCCAAUUGGCAUGGUCCGGUUGCAAUUAAAGCACUCAAAGUCAAACAACCCACUGCUGCACAAUUGCAAGCAUUUAAAAAUGAAGUAUCCGUAUUAAAGAAAACUAGGCACGUAAAUGUUUUACUGUUUAUGGGUGUUAUACGAAAACCAAAUUUAGCUAUUGUCACACAGUGGUGUGAAGGAUCAAGUCUAUACCGCUGUUUACAUGUUUUGGAAAAAAAAUUUGAGGCAAUGCAAUUGAUAUCGAUUACUGGCCAAACUGCAAUUGGUAUGAAUUAUCUUCAUUCUAAAAGCAUUAUACACAGGGAUCUAAAAAGCAACAAUAUAUUUUUCAAUGAUUCUGUUGUGAAAAUUGGUGAUUUUGGUUUGGCUACUAUCAAAUCAAAAUGGUCCGGUGGUCAACAGUACCAUCAACCAUCUGGAUCGAUACUAUGGAUGGCUCCCGAAGUAAUUCGGAUGCAAGUAGACAACCCAUACAGUUUUCAGUCGGAUGUUUAUGCUUAUGGCAUUGUGCUGUAUGAAUUACUCUCUGGUCAGCUGCCUUACACGGAAAUUAAUAACAAAGAUCAGAUAAUUUUUAUGGUAGGCAGGGGCUAUUUAAGACCUGAUUUGAAAAAAGUCAGGUCAGACACACCAGCUGAGCUGCGCAAAUUAAUGGAGAACUGUAUCAAAUUUGAUAGAGAAGAUAGGCCCAAAUUCAAAGACGUUGCUAUAUCCAUACAAGGCAUUAUACACGCUAUGCCAAAACUGCAACGGACGACAUCUGAACCUACAUUAUCCCGGUCUAAUUGGAGCGAUGACUAUUUGUACCCGUCCGAAGCAAACAACUAUAGAGGAGCUGCAGGCUUUAUCUAA